AUGACAAUCUUUGAAUUGAAUAUAAUUCAAAACAUUCCUUCAUCAAAAGUGUUAAAAAAAAUUUUAAUGAUCAAUGGAUUAGAAUUUCUAAAGUUAAAUAACGCUCUAUAACAAUAUAAUCUGAUAAUAAAAAUUAGAAUUAAAAAAUCUUAGAAAAGCAAAAUAACGACUCACUUUUUACUGCUUUCAAAGAAUAAUUUUAAAAGUUAUCCUUCAAAAUUAGAAGCUUUACUCCUACUAAUACUGAUUUGUAGAAUAAAAUUAAUUAUAUAAAUGAUGAAUAAAAACAAGAACUCAAAACUUUAGAUAAACAAAAUAUCUAUUAUUUUAAAUCUUAUUUUUAUAUUAUAUUACAAAAGACUUAGCAAGAAAAUAUGA